AGAGGGACACGGAUGGAAAAUACAGAUUUUAAGCCGUUAGUAGUGAAACACCUGGGAGCAACUUUUGUUCAGAUUAUUUUGGGUUUAAAUGAAUUUAUUUCUUGGAGAACUUCUGGAAAGAGGAUUUUCUACGUUUCUUUGAGCAUAAAUCAUUCCCUAGAGAUGAAAGAAAGAUCGAAAAACGCUGCAAAGACGCGCAGAGAGAAGGAAAACGGAGAGUUUUGUGAGCUGGCGAAGCUGCUUCCUCUGCCGGCGGCCAUCAGCUCCCAGCUGGACAAGGCCUCCAUCAUCCGCCUGAGCAGCAGCUACCUCCGGAUGAGAGCGCUCCUCCCACACGGUCUUGGAGACGGGUGGGACAGCUUACCAAGUUUCGGUCCUCUGGGCAGCGUGACCAAGGACCUGUGCUCCCAUCUUUUACAAACUCUAUAUGGCUUCCUGUUUGUCAUUGGACCCGAUGGGAAAAUAAUGUACAUCUCGGAAACAGCAUCAGUCCACCUCGGCUUAUCCCAGGUAGGGCCCUCCCUCCUUCAGGUGGAGUUAACAGGAAAUAGUAUAUUUGAAUACAUCCACCCAUCAGACCAUGAUGAGGUGACAGCAAUACUAAGUGCUCAACAGCCACGGCAUCACUACUUCUGUCCAGAAUAUGAAAUUGAGCGAUCCUUCUUUUUGAGGAUGAAAUGCGUCCUUGCAAAAAGGAAUGCUGGGUUAACCUAUGGAGGCUAUAAGGUGAUCCAUUGCAGUGGCUACCUGAAGCUGCGUCUACACCGGACUGAGAUGACACUGUAUGAAUGCUGCUAUCAGACUCUGGGUCUAGUGGCGGUGGGUCACUCCCUGCCCCCCAGCGGGAUCACUGAGAUCAAACUUUACAGCAACAUGUUCAUGUUUCGGGCGAGCCUCGACUUGAAGCUCAUCUUUUUAGACAUGAGGGUUACCGAGCUGACAGGUUAUGAGCCUCAGGACCUUGUAGAGAAAACCCUAUACCACCACGUUCACACCUGGGAUGUUCUGCAACUGCGUUAUUCCCACCAUCUACUGCUCACUAAAGGACAAGUCACCACCAAGUAUUACCGCAUGUUAGCGAAGCAUGGAGGCUGGGUGUGGGUGCAAAGCUAUGCUACCAUCGUCCACAACAGUCGCUCUUCCAGACCUCACUGCGUGGUCAGUGUGAACUACGUCCUCACAAGCACCGAGUACAAAGAGCUGCAGUUCUCUGCAGAGCAGAUCCAAGCUGUUGAGCCUUCUCCCCACUUUGCUUCAUGCCUGGAAAACCACAGAGAGCUUAGAACCAAAGCUGCCCGGCAGCAGGUGAAAAUCAGACCAGCUCCUUAUAACCAGCAGCACAUCUCCAGGCUUCUCCAGCCAGCCCUCCCCAGCUCUUCCCCAUGGAAAAGGAACCGGAAACAGAGAUCCAUCCAUCAAGCGGAUAAAGUCUCCAGAAAGAGAAGUUCUAGCUUGAACCCUGAUGCAGCUGCCUCAACAGAUCAUUGGAUCUCUGGACAGUAAAAGAGCCGAUGGGUGAAACGCAGACAGCUCCAAAACCUCCAGCAAACACACAGAGCCUUGGCUGACCUCUGACCAUAGAUAUGAACCUGCCUGCUAUCAGCCGUCUAAAGGAUAAACCAAAUGAUCAUUACAGACUCCUCCGUGGUUCAAGGACUGGAUGUUUCCUACAUCAUUAACUCUAUAUAAAUGAGGAUAUAAAGACUUUACAACACCAAAGAAGAGGCGCUGAGAGACCCAAUGCUGCUAAAGUUAGGUAUCCAUCCAUAAUCUCCCAAUGAAGCUGGAUAAACCCUGAAUAUAAAGGAAGUUCUCCACCCAGAGGCAGAACAUAUGGAGAUCUAAUAUUCUAAUAAAUGCAUGUGGGAGCUCAAAGGAUCCUCAGUAGUUAGUCUUUAUGUUGUGGUCGUUUCAUAAUAAAGUAUGAAUGAGUCAGAUAA